AUGCCUAAGAACGGUCGCAUUGUGAACGAUCCGCGACCUCGUCUCUCGGCUUCUCAGCAAGCCCAGAUACUGAGCGAUGUGCAACAGUACCGGCAACGUCCCAUUCAAGAUUUCAAGAAUCCGCGGGUUUCCUCGUUCAAACAAGCACAAUCGAGCACGCCGUACUCCUCCCUGGCCAAGUACAAAGUUGAUCGAGCGAAGCAACAGUUGCAACAGUUGCAGCAGCAGCAACAACAAGUGCAACAGCUUCUGCAACAACAACAACAGAAGAUCGCCCAGCAACUCGGUACUUCGAACUUCGUGAACGGUGGCAGCGGCGGUGGCAGCGGCGGCGUGCAAACGCCACACUACCAGCAACGGCAGCAAUACCAGCAACAACAAUACAAUCAGUACAAUCAAAAUGGCUUCCAAAAUCUUCAACAGGAUCUGUCGCAACCGCUGUUUAGCGAUCAGCAGACGGUACAGUUACAGGAAUAUCUCGAGAAGCAGCGCGAGCUGGAGCUGCUCCAGAAGCAACGGCAGCAGCUGCUGUACGAGCAACAGGAAUUGCGCAGGCAGCUGGAACUGCUGCGACUUCAGCAACUCCAGAGGCUCACUUCUACUACGCCACUUCCACCUACCGCGACAUCGAUCCCGAUCACCGUUAGCACCACUUCCUCACCGUUGUUGCUCUCUUCGCCGUCGGCGCGACGUAUCACGCCGUCGGAAGCGGAGCUUUUCCUUAAAGCAAUUGCUAGCCAUCAGAAGAAGUAUACGACGACAGCAGCAAGCACGACUACAACGACCACUACCACGCAACCACCUCCGCCAUCCAGACGUCUGAUUACCUCUAAUGCUCAUCAGGAGACAGAUAUACCGGAGAACUUGCUCAGCCUGCUGCAGGGUCAAGAGAGUCAAUUGUUGCAGCAAGGUAAACCGAAGCCGCAGAUCAAGGUGAUCUAUCAGACCGAUAAACCCAGCACGACGAGACAGACUUCCAGCGGCAGAAGCAGGAGCUCUCCACAGUCUGAGCGGGAAUUGUUGCUGAAGCAACUCAAACUCGCUCUAUCUCAGUCCGGCGAUGACGAUGACGUUGUCAGGAAUGUCACUACCAGGGAUCUGAUACUACCGAACGGCAAGAAGAUUCAGGUUAUUCACGCGCCGAACGGUUUAUCAUCCAUCGCAUCGAGUUCCACUAUUCAGACGUCAGCUAUACCGUCCUCGACGACCACCAUCAAGCCACCGAAAGCGCUCUUUGAGGAGCUGACGAAGGGCGGCGUACUGCCACCGGGUGCCGAUUUCGAGAUCAUCCGGCAGAAGAGCGACGGCAGGCUCGAGGAGAUCGGCAAGACGCCGAUAAUCCAGAAUCUACCGGCAAAGAAAGUCACGUUCGUUUUGUUGGAGGAACAGCCGGACGGCAGUUACAAGGUGCAGGGUAUCAAGGGUAACGCCAACGACAAGGAGAGUGGCACCGACGUCGAGUCCAUCGUCGAGAAGAUCAAGAAGGGCGAGCUGAAGCUGCCACCCAGCUCGCUCGGACCGACCACGCAAUCGUCUACGCUAGAACAUCUCGAGUCCAGCAUCGAUCCGAAUCUGAUAGUGUCCACUGGGAGUGUAUGA